CACCCAUCCAUCCCGCAACAUAUCACCAUGCAACACAACAUGCCUUCGAAGCCAACGCUCGCCAUUAUUGGAGCUAUAAGUGUCAUUGCUCUAUUCAGCCUCUUCAAAUUCCCCUUCAGCAGUCUAAACCACACCGAACCCCUUUUCCCACCGUCUUCCAAGGAUGGAAUCGUCCAUAUCGUGAUGUUUGAGUUCAAGGAAGAGGCCACCGCCGAGCAGGUAACGGAUGUAUGCGACCGAAUGCUUGCACUCAAGCAGAAAUGUCUCCACCCAACGACGAAAAAGCCAUACGUGAAAAUGGGCAUGGGAGGCAAGCAAAAUAGUCCAGAAGGGCUGACUGGUGGGAUGACCCACAUUUUCGUCGAGGAAUUCGAGAAUGAGCAGGAUAGAGAGUACUAUCUGAACAAAGAUCCAGUGCAUCUGGCAUUUGUGAAAAGCAUCGGAGAUGUUGUGAAGACGGCGCAAGUUGUGGAUUUCACUCCAGGAGUAUUCUAAUCCUCCCGAAUACGGGGUUUACUUAGAUGGAAAGUAAAACUUUUAGAAGAUGUGUAUAUCAUCAAAAAUCUCACAUUCAUCAUAUGAAC